GCCCUUGCGCUCGAAAUCUAGCCCGGCCCACGAUCAACACAUCACCGCGGGGGCAGGCGACGGCGGUGCGGGAGACGCCUCCGCCCAUUCCCACGAGAUCCGACUCCGACUCCGACUCCGUCCCCGGCCGAAACCCCCUUCUACGCGUGCCGCCGGCGCGGGUGCCGCGACUGAGGUCUGUAACAGCCGGCUCCGCACCUGCGGCGCGUGGGGGAUACAGAGAGCGCGAGAGAGAUGGGGUGGGGCACGGUGGUUUACGAGGGCGUGGUGGUGGGCUCGUCGCUGGCGGGGCUGGGCUGGGCGGGGCUAUGGUUCCUGAACCGGCGGCUGUACAAGGAGUACGAGGAGCGGCGGGUGCUGGUGCAGAUCCUCUUCGGCCUCGUCUUCGCCUUCUCCUGCAACCUCUUCCAGCUCGUCCUCUUCGAGAUCCUCCCCGUCCUCUCCAAGCACGCGCGCUUCCUCAACUGGCACCUCGAUCUCUUCUGCCUAAUCCUCCUCCUCGUCUUCGUCCUCCCGUACUACCACUGCUACCUGAUGCUCCGCAACUCAGGGGUAAGGAGGGAGCGGGCAUGGCUCAUUGCGGCACUGUUCCUUCUCGUCUUCCUCUACGGGUUCUGGCGCAUGGGGAUUCACUUCCCCAUGCCUUCACCAGAGAAAGGGUUUUUUACGAUGCCCCAGUUGGUCAGUAGGAUUGGCGUGAUAGGAGUUAGUGUCAUGGCUGUGCUUUCUGGUUUUGGUGCCGUCAAUCUGCCAUACAGCUAUCUGUCGCUCUUUAUCAGGGAAAUUGACGAAACAGACAUCAAAACUUUGGAACGGCAGCUCAUGCAAUCCAUGGAGACAUGUAUUGCCAAGAAAAAGAAAAUUAUUUUAUCUCAAAUGGAGAUGGAGAGGGUUCAAGGAUCAGAGGAGAAACUAAAGGCCAGAUCGUUUCUAAAGCGUAUAGUAGGAACAGUCGUUCGAUCUGUGCAGGAAGAUCAAACUGAGCAGGAUAUAAAAAACUUAGAAGCGGAGGUCCAGGCACUGGAAGAGCUUUCCAAACAGCUAUUCCUUGAGAUAUAUGAACUCCGUCAAGCUAAGAUAGCUGCUACAUAUUCUCGAACGUGGAGAGGACAUCUUCAGAAUCUACUUGGAUAUGCCUUGUCAGUGUAUUGUGUUUAUAAGAUGCUCAAGUCCUUGCAGAGUGUAGUCUUUAAAGAGUCAGGUUCUGUGGAUCCUGUAACGAUGACAAUAACGAUUUUCUUGAGGCAUUUUGACAUUGGCAUUGAUGUUGCACUUUUAUCACAGUACAUAUCUUUGAUGUUCAUCGGAAUGUUGGUUGUCAUAUCUGUUCGAGGUUUCUUGGCAAAUGUUAUGAAGUUCUUCUUCGCUGUUUCUAGAGUUGGUAGUGGCUCGACAACCAAUGUCAUCCUUUUCCUAUCAGAGAUCAUGGGCAUGUAUUUCAUAUCAUCCAUUCUUCUUAUAAGGAAAAGCCUGGCAAAUGAGUAUAGGGUCAUCAUUACGGAUGUUUUGGGCGGUGAUAUUCAAUUUGACUUCUACCACCGUUGGUUUGAUGCUAUAUUUGUGGCGAGUGCUUUCCUGUCCUUGCUUCUGAUUUCAGCCCAAUACACCACCCGGCAAACAGACAAGCAUCAGAUUGAUUGAUGCGUUUGUCCCACUUGUGCAUAUUGUCUUUUAACCACUAUUUGUCCAAGGUUGACCCGUUUUUUCUACCACACUUUCCAAAGGUGCUGUUUCUUGAUAGACCCUACAUACACAGUUACAGAACAUAAUACAUCGUUAAUUCGAAGGACUCUCUUUAUUUCGUAAUAUGUUACCCGGCAGCAUUGAUUCAUGCUAAACAGUUCCUCGUAUGGAAGUUUACUAGUCUUCCCCGCACUGUUAUAGCAAUCAUCAGAAUCAUGUGUGAAGAUGCUGUAAUGGGAUUCAUUGUAAUGUUGUCUGCACAUGCUUAUUAUUUUUUUGACCCAGACAAGUGAGGAAGCCCAUAUUAGGAAUGGAGUGUGACUUUGUAAAAUAGCUUGAGACUAGUGCCCGAGGAUGGUAGGGGUUUGAUGUAUCUUCAAUAUUCUUUUGGCGGUUACAUGUGUAACAUUUGUGACAACUUGGAAAGGUAGUAUUAUUAUUCAUGGUCUUCUGCUGAAACCUUGUAUAUACUUGAAGUAAUCUGUAAGAUAAAUGUAUUACACCGAUGAUGUCUUAUUCAUGGCAA